AUGGAUCCUGAUGGGGCCCCCAGACUUGUAACUGGGGCCCCAGAUGUUUCAAAGCCACUGGCAGAACAAAAAGUAUGGAACACCAAGCAUCUGGGUUUGCGGUUGGCAUCAGACUUCACAUCUGGGUUUCUAGCUGCUGGAAUGGUUGCUCCAUUCAUUACUAUUAUUGACAAAGCAAUUAUGCAAAAUGCUUCUGGCCAAAAUACGCUCAAAAACUCUCUGAAGACCUCCAUCACUUCCUUCCUCCUGAGGCCACAUAAUCUCCUCUUCUCGAAACCUUUUGGAUUGAUCUGUAUGCUGUAUGGCGGUACAUAUUUCACGGCCAACACACUCGACACCAUUACCUCCACGGUUCAAAACAAACCCUCUUCACUCGUCACAAGCGGUACCACGAAAUUUGCAGCCUCCUCGACAGCCAACAUUGGUCUAUGCCUGUUCAAGGACCAAGCUUUUGCUCGACUCUUCGGUCCUGGCGGGCCGCCCCGUCCGGUGCCCCUACCCUCCUACGUCCUAUUCGCAUUCCGUGACUGCCUCACGAUCUUUGCCUCGUUCAACGUACCUCCAAUCCUUGGCCCCGUCAUCAGUCGCAACAUGAGCACUGAGAUCCAGAAGAGUCUCAGUGGGCAAACCAUUGCUCAAUUUCUGGCUCCUGCUUCGGUGCAGAUCAUCUCAACACCAAUGCAUUUGCUGGGCUUGGAUUUGUAUAACCGGGGUGGAAAGGAAAUCACUUGGGGAGAUAGGUGGGCAAUUAUCAAAAAGAAUUGGUCCGUUAGCGCAGUGGCUAGGAUAUGUAGGAUUGUGCCUGCGUUUGGCUGUGGAGGAGUGGUGAAUGCGAAGGUUAGAAAAGGUUUGAUGGGGAGACUGGAAUGA